GAAAAGUGCAGGAGUUUGCAGUCCCUUAUUUCUUCGGCGGAUCACUUACAAACAGUCAGUGUUGCAUGAGUCGAGCGCGUGGUACUACCGACAUUGCCGACGUCUUGCCGAGCUCCGCAGUUGCCGCCCAUCCUGCCGCCAGGUCUGGAGUUAUCUCCAUCCACAGGGCCACCAGCCUCUCCUCACGAAUCGGGCAAGGAGCACGCAUCAUAAGAGAGCUUGAGAAAACACAACAACAACAACAACACGACGAUGGGGAAGAAGAACCACGAAAAGCUGGAGCUGAACCCAGAGCAGAUCACCCCGCUGACCCAGCCCACCGUGGAGAUUGAAGGUCCAGAGGUUCCGCGCCUGGCGUGGGACUCCAAGCUACAGUAUUUCUUUAUGGUCAUCAGCUACGCUGUGGGCCUGGGCAACGUGUGGAGGUUCCCUUACCUGACUCAGCAACAUGGCGGAGGCGCCUUCCUCAUCCCGUACCUCGUCAUGCUGUUCGCGGAGGGCAUGCCGCUGCUGUACCUGGAGCUGGCCAUUGGCCAGAAGCUGCAGCGAGGAAGUGUGGGGGUCUGGAACAUCGUCCACCCGCUCAUGGGCGGGGUGGGUCUGGCCAGCGCCGUGACGUCAUACAUGGUGGCCAUCUACUACAACGCCAUCAUCAUGUGGUGCUUCUACUACCUCUUCAACUCUUUCCAGAGUCCUCUCCCUUGGGCGGAGUGUCCUACGGAAACCAUCGCCGAGAACAUCACAAGGGUGGUGCCAGAGUGUGACCUUGCUGGGCCUACCUCGUACUUCUGGUACAGACAGGCGCUGGACGUGUCGCCUGGUCUGGAACAUUCGGAUGGCAUCAAGUGGAAGAUGCUACUCUCUCUCCUCUUCUCAUGGCUCAUCGUCUACAUCUGCAUCUACAAGGGGAUCAAAUCGUCAGGCAAGGUGGUGUACUUCACGGCAACGUUCCCAUACGUAGUCCUCACCAUCUUCUUUAUCCGCGGUCUGACUCUCAGGGGAGCGGCAGAUGGUCUAAUGCACAUGCUGACACCAAAGAUGGAUUACCUCAUGAACCCCCAGUGCUGGCUGGACGCGGCCACCCAGAUCUUUUUCUCCUUUGGCCUGGCGUUUGGCGGUCUGAUCGCCUUCUCCAGCUACAACCCCAUCCACAACAACGUAGAGAAGGACGCCAUACUGGUCUCGCUGUGCAACUGGUUCACGGCCAUCUUCGCCUGCACAGUCAUCUUCUCCAUCAUGGGGUUCAAAGCCACACUCAUGUAUGAGCACUGCGUGGAGCACAACAUUGAGCUGCUGACUCAGAUUCUACCCGAGUGGAACAAGACGACUCUGACCACCACCGUGUACCACGAAAUGUUCGAGCAGAACCUCACCAGCUACAACACCACUGACUUCGGCGCCAGCUUCCGCGUCUGCAGCAUGGAGGAUGACCUCAACAAGGGUGCAGAAGGAACUGGUCUUGCAUUCAUCGUCUUCACCCAAGCUAUUGUGGAGUUCGGGCCGUCUGCCCCCUUUUGGUCCAUCGUCUUUUUCCUCAUGCUUCUCUCCCUGGGCCUGGGAUCCGAGUUCGGCACCAUAGAAGGUGUCGCCACAUCAUUGUACGAUCUUGACUUUCACCCUUGGCUGAGAAAGAAGUGGCUUGUGUCAGGUGUGCUGUGUGGAUCGUGUUGUUUAAUCGGCUUCCUCUUCGUGCUGGGGAGCGGCUUUUAUUGGGUGGGGCUCUUCGACACUUUUGCAGGAUCGUAUCCUCUGAUAAUUGUGGCCCUAGCGGAGGCCAUUGGUGUGUCCUGGGUAUAUGGCAUGCCAAGGUUUAGCCGAGACAUCGAGUUUAUGAUCGGACACAAGCCCCGGUGGUUUUGGCGCAUCGCCUGGAAGUUCGUUGCCCCUUUGUUGAUCAUCGCUCUUCUCAUCGCCACCUUCGUCUACCAGUUCUCCAAGCCCGUCACCUAUAAAGCUUACAACCCUAACAAGGGUGUACUGGAAGACCAGCCAUACCCAUGGUACGCCGGAGUCGUCUGCGCUUUCCUCGUGCUUGCGUCCGUGCUGUUCUUGCCGGGGGUGGCGCUGCUGCGGAAGCUGGGCAUCCUGCACUACGACAGGGCAAAGGCCAUGGCUGCUGACCUGCAGGGCACGACGAGCUCCACAACCAAGUUCCUCGGUAGUCAGAUGUCCACGUGCAGCAUGGAGCAAGACGGCACGACCGACAUCGAGAAACCGGAACCGGAAAAACCCAUUCAGUUCACGAUAGAUGACUUCCGUGCUUCCUCAAAGGACUCUGCGGUGUGAUGAAAACUGUUGUCUAGGUGAACCGCUCGUCCUUUUAUUUGUCUGUUUUGUCUGAGAGACUAUUGCAGGGCUGUUACAGACAAUCGAUGAGUUCCAGAGGAGGGGAUACACAGAGAACUGUAUAUACUACAUUAUAGAAUGUACUGCCUACAACAUACUUUAAGUUUGCGUGUCGAGGUCGGAUGUUGUUAUUUUUAAAGAUGUUUUGAAAGGACCUUGAGGAUGUUUUUAAGAAUCUGUGAUUACACUGAAAAUACUUUUGAGUACUGUGGUUGUGUGCAAGAAUUUUGUAUAAAGAUACAGGACUGUAGAAACAUCCUCGUGUCCCUAUCUCUGACAUUUAACAGAAAAGGAAACAACGUGGGACUGUGUUUGUGCCGGUGUUGUUGUUAUUAUCGGACUAUCACAGUUUUAACUGUAGGUUCUUACCCUAUCCAUGGAAGUUUUGGCAAUGUCACUUUAAUAAUGUAAAUCUCUGGUUUAAUUCUGUUGGAUUUUAUCAGGCAGCACAUUUCUCCUUUUUUUCAUCCUAUUUCUUUUCAUUCCUUGCUGUUGUUAAAAUUUUGAGCUUGUUUUAGAACAGGUGCUCGAGUAUGUUUCCUAUCCAUGUGGUUAUCUAGAAAUGAUUGGCUUGGUUGUCAGUAUUCAUUUUACAUUUAUUUGGAGGUACCGGAGUAAAUAUUUUGCAUCGCAUGAUCAGAGAGUUUGGAGCGCUCUUGGAGGGUUAGACAUGUCAAGUUGAUGGUGGGAGAAUAUUGUGAGAGGAGAUGUAAAGAGGUGUCAGGAACAAAGAAAACAACUUCCACCACGUCUACCUUCCUUGGUGCAAGGGAGAACAUCGAUAUUACCAAAGGCAUGAAGUGCAAUCCCCUUAGUAACUUGUAAACUUCAAAAAGUGUUCUAUCUACUUCAACUGAGAAUGUUGGUUCAAAUGCCAUUUCUAUAAAUACACGAUAUUUACUUCAAGAACCUUUUUUCAGUCAGAAGCUGAACUAGUUUUUGUCAGAUCACCGCACGGAGACUAAAAUGAAUUAAAACUAGCGGCUUAGCAUAAACACAAAAAAGAUUCAUAAAAUGUAAUAUAACAUUUUGACAGUAUAGGAUUGUGAACAUCUUUGUAGAAGACAGAUGCUAAAAUAGCAUGACAUCUUUAUUACACUCGUGUACACAGUAUUUCCAUCCCAUGUACUGCCGAAGCUGUGGAUAUGAGUACUUGGGACAGACGUACAGACCUCGAGUGUUUCAAAUAAUCUCAACACCUUUUGUGCUUUUGCCUUCAAAGAAACUCACUUUUUAUGGACCGGAGUUUUUCGUAAGAUUACAUGGGAACAAGAAAAAGUAUAGCGAGAAGAUACUGAAAGAAACCACUCUCACAUAGCCUCAAUUUUUUGUGGGAAAAAAUAAAUAAAAUGCAAACGAAUAGCAUCUCUGGGCGGAGCAAUGUUGAAUGGUGUGAAGAAGGUAUACUAACCACCCCUUGUUAUUAAGUUGUACGUGGCCUUCUGACGGGGGCAGCUGCAAUGUUUGGUGGUUUCUCAACUGACCACACAUCGUGAUGAUGUGUCUCGUGUCCUACAGUCCCACACAACCGUGUCCCUUCUCCGUCCCUUUUCUCUGGGGGUUGCGGCCAUUUUAGGUCAUAUUUGUUUUCUCAUCAGAACCAGAAGCCUGACACUUCGGGUCAUCCGUUAGAUAAGUCUUAUAUAAUCUAGUUACAUUUUUAAAAAAAUCAGUUUGAUCACAAGCUAAAGGGGAUAUAGCUUUUACUGAUACAGCCGACUACAUCUGGUGUUGAGGCUGAACAUCACUCAUUAGGUGGAAGUGGCUGGAGUCGCAUUCACCAGCAUGUCCAGCGAGAAAAGUGCUGCCCACGUUGUAGCCCACGUUGUAAGCUUUUGUUUGUGUGCAUUGUUUAAACAGAUGUCAUGUACAGGAACUCACUGAGUGGAUUCCGAGAACAGGUGAUAUACGUGGUAAAGAAAGUUGUACUUCAUUUUCAGUGUAUAAGAUUCCAUGUACAGAAAUGGAUGUAUAUUUCAUGGUUCAUUAUAUAUUUGAGAAUAUUUCUCUAUAACGGCUUGUUUCCACCGAUGAUGAAUUUUUAUCCGAGUGAAUCUAGCUAAAGUGUAUGGUGAUAGACCAUGCAUCUGCUGUGGCCAGGUGUGAAUAUCUGUGGCAGACAUAUUUAUCAAGGUAUUAUGGAAUUCUGUGUGAUGUCUUGACUAUUUGAACUUUAAAUAUUACUUCCAAAGACAUUUUUCCGUCUGCGAUUUUGGUCAUUAAAUGUACGUGAUAUUUACAGGGAUUUCACUGUAUAAACAGUGUACAAUUGUCCAUGUAUGUUUAACGAUCUCUCCAGGUAAGCACUUCAGGAAAUAUUUGCUCAGUUUUAUAAAUCAGAACUGUACUCUUCUGGGUAGAUCUUUCUCAAUGGAACAAUUAUUUGCGAAGCCUUCUGCUGGCAUUUUAUUUGCUGCAUUCUGGUGAGCUUAUAAACAAAAAAACAGUUUGUUUUAAGGCUAGCAGCCUCAUUUGUAGUUUCCUGCAAUUUUCAGAAGAAUCUUUCCUUGAUAGUUUCAGGUUUUGUCAGACAGGAGGAAAAGGAAAAAGAAAAAAAACUGUGCUUUCUUUCAAGAAAUUUUUAACGGAUUCUAGAAGUAAUUAUGUUUGAAACUGUUCAAAUUGUUCCAGAGAUGUAUCGUUUCUUUGUGUAAAAUAUAUACAUAGCGACAUUUUUGACUGGUAAUCGACGUGAUUGUCUAGUAUAUUCAUUUAUUCUUUAAGUGAGUUCAGUCGUGGGAACGACAGACACAAAAAUAAAAAAUUUAUUUACAUUUGCAAUAACCCAGAGAAUAACAUAGGUGUACAGUUACAAGAUAACAUAAAUCAGCCUAAAAGAUCAGUGCUUGAAAUAUUUGCAUAAACAAAGAUGGCGAAGAAAUUAUCAAUAUCUUUUACUUAUAUCGACCUGUGGAAAAUAUGCAGGACGGUUAUUUGAAGACAACGCCACGUUUCGGAGGAUCGAGGGUCUUCACUCCUUCUGAUAGAAAAAAAAAAACCCAGCUAACAACCAAUCAUACCAAAGGUUGGUGACAACUGUAGACAGUAAAGAGCUCGGUGUGUAGACAAUUUACAUAGACAUGAGUGCUGAUUUGUUUUCACGAUUUACAGAAAUUCGGGUAGUUUGGUGUGUUGAUUUGUUCAUGUUGUGUAUAGAGAUGUGUGUUCAAGAAUUAACAAAUACUAACAUCUUAUUGUAGCCGGAAAGAAUAACCAAUUGUGGUGUGUGCACACAAAUAAAAAUUCCGUUUGCAACAGGCAUCAUUCGCUAAAAUCCACUUUGCAUGUAGCUAAAUUCUGUAAGGUAAUGCACUUGUUGAAAGUCACUUUACACUUGGCCAACAAAGUCCUAUACUAUAGAGCCUUUGUUAGCCCUCACUUCACAUACUGUCAAGAAAACACAUUAAAAAUAGUUUUUAAACUUCCAGCGCUGCCUCACUUUAAGUUAAAAAUGUUUUACUUAUAAUCAAGAUAUUGUUUCUAUUAUAUGCCUGCCUUUUGGACAGUUGUAAAUGCUCUUUUAUGAGCAAAUGUUGCCAGUACUUUCAUUUGACUUUUACAUGCCUCGUCAUACAAAAGUAUGCUAAUUCCUUUAAUGAAUUUAUCUUGGUGAUAAUAUCAAUAUUAUUGUUUGAACAUUUUUAAACCACUUUGAGUGUGCCUUUUGAUGCCUGAAUGUUGAACAAGAGAGAAUGUAUGCAAAAACAUACAUAUGUAUGUGGUCAACCUGAGAAUUGACUGGCAUAGUAACACACAAUGCCAAAAACAGAAGGGUCCCAUAGAAAGUAUACGAGAUCCAUUGUUUUCAGUAUUCUGUGCUGUUUAUGUUGUUAUGUAAGCUUUAAUUAUUGAAAACUAAUUUGAAAUCUAUAUAGAUAUGAUAUCCAGAAAUUGUUUGAAACAAGUAAAUAUACUUUUACUGGU